AUGUUCUCGUUCUCGGCAUUCGUCUCAUUCUCACCGUCCUCAGCGACGUGUUCAGGAAACCCCUCCUCCUCAAGCGGGUCCAAAGGAGGAGUGGUGCGCCAGUCAACGAAGCCCGGGGGAAGCACAGGGGGCGCAGGUGGCGCCGGAGGCGCAGGGGGUGCCGGAGGUGCGGGAGGAGCUGGAGGAGCUGGCGGGGCCGGGCUUGUGAUCAGCGAGGCGAUGCAGACCUUUCGCGUGGGUGCGCACGUGUGGGUGCCGGACCCUGAGCUCGCGUGGGAGGAGGGGUGCGUGGUGGAGGACCUGGGGGAAGGCAAACUGGCCGUGAAGAUCGAUAACCCCGGCAAGCCGGACUCCCCCUACCGUCUUCUUUCCCAUCACCUGCUUCCAUUACCAUCGUCCCGUCGUCUCAUCGUCUCCGUGCUAUCAUCCGCGGCAGAUUCGUCCCCAAUGGCAAUCACAUACGGCUCACGCCUCACUGCCGUCCUCAUUCUCAUCCCCCCUCCCCGCUCUGCACGGAAGCUAUGGGAGCUAUGGGAGGUGCACGCGUCGCUGUGCUGCAUGCGCGAGCCCCACGCGUCAACAUUCAAGACAAAUUCAUCAAUCCCCUGCUCUUACACUCAUUCCCAUCCCCUCUUCCGCCCCCCCCCCCCCCCGCAGCUAUGGGAGCUAUGGGAGGUGCACGCAUCGCUGUGCUGCAUGCGAGAACCCGAGGGCCCGCUGCUGGACGACAUGGUUCGCCUCACGUGCCUGCACGAGCCUGGUGUGCUCUCCAACCUCUGCCGCCGCUACCGCGCCAACCUCAUCUACGUGCGUCCUCCCUCUCACUCGCGCCCUGCUACCCACCCACUGUUCCCGCUUAGCUCCUUGCCCAGAGGAUCUAUCUUGAUAGCGCUGAACCCGUUUGUGCGCAUACCCGGGCUGUACGACGCAGCAAUGAUGCGCCAGUACCACGGCGUGCCCCUCGGCCUGCUCUCACCACACGUCUUCGCCACUGCAGAGAACGCCUUCCGGGCCAUGAGGGAGGGAGGUCGCAGCCAGGCCAUUCUGAUAAGUGGGGAGAGCGGAGCCGGCAAGACGGAGACCACGAAGCUCAUCAUAGAGUACCUCGCCCGCGCUGCUGCCCACAGCGACCCCACCUCCCUGCCUUCCCCCACCACCGUCCUCCCCAUUCCCUCCGCCUCCCUCCCCGCCCUGCACAUCCACCCGCCUGGCUCGACCUCCGCCUCUCCAAGCAUAGAGUCCCUUGUUCUUCAGCCACUCAUCGCAACCACCAUUAUCCCUCCUCUUGCCAUUCCUGAGUACUUGCCCCCUACCCACCACCGCAGCCGCUUUGGCAAGUUCAUAGAGCUGCAGUUCGGGCAGGGGGGCGGGCUGACGGGAGGGGUGGGCUGUGGGGUGAAUCGUGCUUCAACUCAACUCCCCUUUCCAUUGCCAUCAUGUGCCCCCUACCCACCUCCGCAGCCGCUUUGGCAAGUUCAUAGAGCUGCAGUUCGGGCAGGGGGGCGGGCUGACGGGAGGGGUGGGCUGUGGGGUGAAUCCCGCUUUGGCAAGUUCAUAGAGCUGCAGUUCGGGCAGGGGGGCAGGCUGACGGGAGGGGUGGGCUGUGGGUUUAUAGAGCUGCAGUUCGGGCGGGGGGGCGGGCUGAUGGGGGCAGCGGUGCGCACAUACCUGCUGGAGCGGUCACGAGUGGUACACAUCGCAGACUGCGAGCGCAACUACCACAUCUUCUACCAGAUGUGCCAGGGGCUCUCCAAUGAGCGGCUGGCUUCCAUGAGGUGCGCAGUGCAAACAUACCUGCUGGAGCAGUCACGUGCGGUGCACAUUGCAGGUUGCGAGCGCAACUACCACAUCUUCUACCAUGUGCCAAGGGCUCUCCAACGAGAGCUCCUGAUUCGACCCUUUCCUUCAUAUCCCACCAUGCAGGAAGCAGCGGCUCUGCAGCUUCCUCCAGACCCCAGCACGCGCGCCCACCACUUUCACUACCUCAACCAGAGCUCCUGCUUCCACCUGCCUGGCCGCGCCUCCGACGCCGACGAGUUUGCCGCCACCAUGGCAGCCAUGCGUGCCGUUGGCAUCACCGCUCAGCAGCAGGACUCAAUUUUGAAAAUACUGGCAGCCAUCCUCCAUAUAGGCAACUUCACGUUUGAGCAGAGUGGCUCGGACCUGGUGCUGGAAGUGCCUCAUGCAGAGGCGCAUCUGGGUGCCGCUGCCGACCUGCUCAGAGUGGACAAGGAAGCAAUGCGUGAGUGGAUCACAGUCGUCAUUACCAGACGGGUGGGCCUGAACCGGAGGUUGCCGUUAAUUCCCACUCUACGCCAUGUCAAUACCUUCCUCCUCCCACCCCGCCUUUCCCUCGGGAACCUGCUCAGAGUGGACAAGGAAGCGAUGCGAGAGUGCAUCACAGUGGUGACCAGGCGGGUGGGGCCGGAAGUCAUUCGCAGCCCAGCGGACGACCGCACCGCCUGCUUACGCCGCGAUGCCCUUGCCAAGGCGCUCUACUCGCGCGUCUUCGACUGGUGGGUGUUACUCCCCUACCCCUCACCUCCUUGCUCUCGUGUGCGCAUUGUGCUAGUGGAGCGCAUCAACGAGUCAAUACAGCAGACAGGCGGGGUGGAGGAAGGCAGGUGCAUUGGCGUGCUGGACAUCUAUGGCUUUGAGCACUUCGAGACAAACAGCUUUGAGCAGCUGUGCAUCAACCUGGCCAAUGAGAAGCUGCAGCAGCACUUCAACCAGCCUGUGUUGAGGGAGGAGCGGCAGGUGUAUGAACGGGAGGACAUCACAUGGAACCUUCAUGCCUUGACUGCCCUUCACACCCUGCCCCUCUCUCUCCAUCUCCGCACCUCCCCCCUGCAGCAUGUGUUGAGGGAGGAGCAGCAGGUGUACGAGCGCGAGGGCAUCAAGUGGGACUUCAUUGACUUUGACGACAACAGCGACGUGCUUGACGCCAUUGAAGGGGUGUGUUGUGUUGUUGUCAUGGGACAGCGAUGUGUUUAUGUGGCAUGGUUCACGUUCAUGUCAUCAUUUAGACAGAUCCAAGCCAUUUGGUACCUUUAG